GGAACCGCUGGUGAAAAGGAUUCAGAUGAGGACCUGAAAAGGAGUUUUACAGAGCUGCAGGAUUCCCUGAGAAGAUCCUUCAAGUUUGCUUUCCAGACCUGAAAUGCCACUAGUGAAUAAUCAAGGUAAUGUUUGCCAUCAUUUUAAAUGUGAUCCUUUGGGUACCCCACGUCCAUGCGGUGUGGGCCUGUGUGCGGUCCUGCCCUGCCAACUGCGUGUGCACUCAAGAGCGGAGCUGCUCCGUCCUCUGCGAUCGUGUCGGUCUGGGGCAGAUCCCUACCCAGUUCCCUUGUGAAGCCUCCUCUAUUAACCUGGACAAAAACAGCAUCAAGUUCCUCUCUGAGAGGGCCUUUGGGACCUUGCCUUCCCUCAAGUCCCUGUCCCUCAAUCACAACAAUAUCUCCUUCAUCACCCCAGGAGCUUUCAAGGGGCUGCCCAGCUUGACUGAGCUGAAGAUGGCCCACAAUGAGUACAUUCGCUAUCUCCACACGCGGACUUUCACUGCCCUCAAACGGCUGGUGAAGCUGGACCUGGCGGACUGCAACCUUUUCAACAUCCCUGACAGGAUCUUCAUUGAGUUGCCUGCUCUACAGGAGCUCUUCUGCUUCCAGAACAACUUCCGGAGGAUCCCAGGUGCCAUCAGGGGCAUGGGGAACCUGACCCAUGUUUACCUGGAGAGAAACAGGAUUGAAGCGGUAGCCUAUAACUCCCUGCAGGGCCUGACCAAACUGAAAUACCUGAAUCUGCAGGACAACAAGAUAAAUGUAGUUCAUGAGCGAGCUUUUCAGGGCUGCCAGAAGAUGGAAUACCUGUAUCUGAAUGACAAUUUGAUCAGCGAGCUUCCAGAAAACUCCUUUGAUGGCCUCAGGUGCCUGAAGAUGCUCAACCUAGGGGGGAAUUUUCUUAGGAACAUUUCCAACACCUGGUUCAGGGACCUGGGGCAGCUGGAGGUACUCUACCUGGAUCGUAACAGGAUCAACUACAUUGAGGAUGGGGCUUUUGAAAACCUCACCAGCCUGGUUGCGUUGCACUUGAACAGCAACAACCUGACAACCCUGCCCUUUUCUGUCUUCCAGCCAGUGUACUUCCUUGGGCGACUGUACCUCUUCCGCAACCCCUGGGAGUGUGACUGCCGCAUCGAGUGGCUGAAGGAGUGGAUGGAGAAUUACAGGCUUGUCAGGGAUAUUCCCUGUGCCUCCCCCUCCUCAGUAGCUGGGAUUGACCUAAUGGACGUGCUCUAUGAGAGAUCUCCAGAAGGUUACUGUCUUGACCCGGCUGAGCUAAAUGUCACAUCUGAAGGCCCGACCCCAACUGAAGAGCCUUGGUCUACCACAGAGAGCAAGUUCAACAGCCUUAUCUCCAAACUCUUGCUCCAGAUGGGCCUUUCUGAAGAGGUGGCAAAUACCACUGAAGUCUACAGUAACACCACACAGCUGGGUGGACUGACUGAUGGGGUUUCUUCUGGGGUGGGGAAAGACAGAAUGGAGGCCGUCUCCUUCUCUUUUUACCUUCCAGCCCUUUUUACAGUGAUUGUUUGGCAAUGCAAAUAGUCCAAGGGCUACAUGAAGCAUGGGUCCUGCAUAAGUGUUCCUGUACCUACUCAAGUCAUCAGGGAAAAGUUUGUAUUAUGAGCCUCCAAUACAUAACUGGAUCCAAACUCUCCCAUGUUGGGUUGGUUGGAUCUGGCUCCUGAUUCUCCUGGGAGCUAGUGGGAUCUGUUUCAAGGCUGGAUCACACUUCAGGUGAUAAACCUGUCCUGUGGGUUCUUAGUGCUGCCCACUCACACUGCUGUGUGGAAGAUGAGCAAUGAAAGGAUAACUGUAAGGUUGAGUUUCACUUAGAGACAUGCAAUGGCUCCUACUGGGAGCAGAGGGAAGAGCAGUCUGUAUGGAUGGCAGUGCGGUACUCUGUAUUCUGUUGGGCCAACUCCAGUUGACCAAACUGUCUGCUUUAUAAGAGCAAGACAAGGCAUCAAAAGCACCCCCCCCCCCCCCCCUUCAUAUCCUGACAGACACCCACACCCACAGUGGAUGCUUCCAGAUGCUGGCAAACUGAUUUCCACCAGCAUGUGUGGGGGGAACAGGGCUGUCUUGAGCAGCAUCCAGGGAUGCAACACUAGCCCUUGUGAACAAGAGAACAGCAUCUGGGGAUGGCGCCUGCCCCAGGCAGGGCUGGGAUGGGGCACAUACUUCUCUGGGGAAAAGCUAUUUAAACUGAACAGCUUACUUACUAACAUUGUUUCAAUGUGUUUUUACUUCUCAGUAUAUUGUUUCAAGGAACAUAUUGUUUUUAUUUGUAGAUUAUUUCAUGGCAUGAAGGGAGGGGCAGAACAUUGCAAUGACAAAUGCAUCCACGCCCUGCUAAAUAUUUUGUAUUUCCACCACUAACGUGUACCAUAUAGCAUGUCAUAUUAUGCUGUACAACCAACUAUGCCAUCAUUUUCUUUCAUAGAAUCAUAGAAUGGUUUGGGUUGGAAGGGACCUUGGGUGACAUAGUUUA